AAACUCCUCAAAGGAAAAGGAUAGAGAGAGAGACAAGAAAAUCUCUCUCUUUCUCCGUCUACUCUGACCAUUUCUCUUCUAAGUCUAACUCUGGAUCUAAUCACGGUUGACAAUUUUGAUCAACAAUCAGUAUACACACAGGUAUAUACAGUCUUCUGAAUUUUUUGUUUUCUGAUCGGGAUCUACUAUGGAGUCCGAUCAAUUGAUGCCCGGCGGAGGAGCUCUUCGGUACCGAGAAAUGCAGACGGAGCCACCUUUCUUCUCCAACACGUUUGAUGACCUGGAGUCGACUCCAAUUUUCGAUGAGUUGCCCACGGCCAAAAUCGUCUCCGUUUCUCGGCCUGACGCUGCUGAUAUCAGUCCAGCACUCCUUUCUUACACCAUCGAGUUCCAAUACAAACAGUUCAAGUGGCAGUUGCAGAAGAAAGCUGCACAAGUGUUUUUUUUACAUUUCGCUUUGAAGAAGCGAACAUUUAUAGAGGAAAUUCAGGAGAAACAGGAACAGGUCAAAGAAUGGCUUCAAAACCUUGGGAUAGGAGAUCACCCUGCGGUUGAGCAUGAAGAUGAUGAUCCCGAUGAUGACCCGGUUCCCCUUCAUCAUGAUGAAAGCACUAAAAACAGAGAUGUACCAUCUAGUGCUGCACUGCCAAUUAUUCGCCCUGCUCUUGGAAGACAACAUUCUAUGUCUGAUCGUGCAAAGGUUGCCAUGCAGGGGUAUUUGAAUCAUUUCCUUGGGAAUAUGGACAUUGUGAACUCUCGAGAGGUUUGCAAAUUUUUGGAAGUUUCUAAGUUAUCCUUCUCUCCUGAGUAUGGACCUAAGCUAAAAGAAGAAUAUGUCAUGGUGAAGCAUUUGACCAAGAUUUUAGAUGAUGAUGAACACAAGGGGUGUUGUGCAUGUGGUUUGUUCGGAUGUUGUAAUGACAAUUGGAAAAAGGUCUGGGCGGUACUUAAACCUGGGUUUCUUGCUCUACUAAAAGAUCCUUUUGAUUCCAGGCUAUUGGACAUAGUAGUCUUUGAUGUACUACCAAGUUCAGAUGGGAAUGGAGAGGGAAGAAUGUCAUUGGCUAAAGAAACGAAAGAACGUAAUCCUCUGCGGCACUCAUUUAAGGUGUCGGGUGGGAACCAGACCAUAAAGUUGAGAUGUAAGAGUCAUAAUAGAGUCAAAGAUUGGGUUGCUGCAAUUAACGAUGCUGGUCUUCGGCCACCUGAAGGCUGGUGUCAUCCACACAGAUUUGACUCUUUUGCUCCCUCACGGGGAUUGACUGAAGAUGAUAGCAAAGCUCAAUGGUUUGUUGAUGGUCAGGCAGCCUUUGAUGCUAUCGCCCUGGCGAUUGAGGGUGCAAAGUCAGAGAUAUUUAUUUGCGGUUGGUGGCUAUGCCCAGAGUUGUAUCUUAGACGUCCUUUUCAUGCUCAUACAUCGAAUCGUCUUGAUGCCUUGCUGGAAUCAAAAGCCAGGCAAGGAGUUCAGAUUUACAUCCUUCUGUACAAAGAAGUCGCUAUAGCUCUGAAAAUUAACAGUGUUUAUAGUAAGAAAAAGCUUCUUGGCAUUCAUGAAAAUAUCAGAGUGCUGCGCUAUCCAGACCAUUUCUCUAGCGGUGUCUAUCUCUGGUCCCACCAUGAAAAGAUUGUCAUUGUUGAUCACCAAAUUUGCUUUAUUGGCGGACUAGAUCUGUGCUUUGGCCGUUAUGACUCCUCUGAGCACAAAGUAGGAGACCAACCCCCAAUGACAUGGCCCGGGAAAGACUAUUAUAAUCCAAGGGAAUCUGAACCUAAUUCUUGGGAAGACACAAUGAAAGAUGAGUUAGAUAGGAAAAAGUAUCCUCGUAUGCCAUGGCAUGAUGUACAUUGUGCCCUUUGGGGGCCACCAUGUCGUGAUAUCGCCAGGCACUUUGUACAGCGAUGGAACUACGCAAAGCGUAAUAAAGCUCCAAAUGAACAAGCAAUUCCACUACUUAUUCCUCAACACCAUAUGGUUAUUCCUCAUUACAUGGGUGGAAGUGAAGAGAUAAAGGUUCAUAAUGAUGUAGAAGACAGUUAUAAAAGCAUCAAGAGAGAAGAUUCAUUUUCCUCCCGAUCAGAAGAUCAAGAUAUUCCUCUACUCAUUCCUCAAGAAGCUGACGCUCUAGAUACUUCUAAGAAAGAUUUGAAGGUAAUAAAUGGUAGAAAUGAUCAUCGUGAUCAGCAGAGCAGAGGCAGUAGAACUCAUUUUAGUUUCCUGAAACCCAAAGUUGAACAUUUCACCUCAAACUUGCAACUUAAAGACUUUGUGGUGAACACGGAUAAUUUGAAGCAUGAUCGUGAGUGGUCAUCCGAAAUCUGUCUGCCAGCGCUGAAGACUUCAGGCAGAGAAUGGUGGGAGACUCAUGACGGCGGAGAUCAAGUAUCUGAUGAAAUUGGGCAAGUUGGUCCAAGGGUUUCAUGUCGUUGUCAGGCUAUAAGGAGUGUCAGCCAGUGGUCUGCUGGAACAAGCCAAGUUGAAGAGAGUAUUCACAAUGCUUAUUGUUAUCUAAUUGAGAGGGCAGAACACUUCAUUUAUAUUGAGAAUCAGUUCUUCAUCUCAGGUCUUUCAGGAGAUGACACAAUCCGGAACCGUGUAUUGGAAUCAUUAUAUAGGCGUAUAAUGAAGGCAUAUAAUGAGAAAAAAUGUUUUAGGGUUAUAAUCGUCAUACCACUUCUUCCUGGCUUCCAGGGUGGUCUGGAUGAUGGCGGUGCAGCGGCUGUACGAACCAUAAUGCAUUGGCAAUAUCGAACAAUAUGCAGGGGAAAUAAUUCAAUACUACAUAAUCUGGGCGAUCUUCUUGGUCCCAAAAUGCAUGAUUACAUAUCUUUUUAUGGCCUCCGAGCUUAUGGAAGGCUUUUUGAAAACGGCCCCUUAGCUACUAGUCAGGUGUAUGUGCAUAGUAAGAUCAUGAUAAUUGAUGACCGUGUAGCUCUUAUUGGGUCCGCAAAUAUAAAUGACCGGAGCUUGCUUGGUUCAAGAGAUUCUGAGAUUGGUAUAGUUAUUGAAGACAGAGAAUUAGUUGAUUCAUCAAUGGGAGGGAAGCCAUGGAAAGCAGGAAAAUUUGCAUCAAGUCUUCGGCUUUCACUAUGGUCAGAACAUCUUGGCCUUCGUGCUGGAGAGAUUAAAACGAUAAAUGAUCCAGUUGUUGAUUCAACUUACAAAGAUAUAUGGAUGGCCACUGCAAAGACAAAUACGAUGAUCUAUCAAGAUGUAUUUUCUUGUCUCCCGAAUGAUCUAAUUCAUACAAGGUUGGCUUUGAGGCAAAGCAGUUCAUACUGGAAGGAAAAGAUAGGGCACACAACGAUUGAUUUAGGAAUAGCUCCAACAAAGCUAGAAUCUUAUGAAGACGGACAUGUGAAAGGGACAGAUCCAAUAGAAAGAUUAGAAUCAAUGAAGGGGGGACACUUGGUUUCUUUUCCAUUAGAUUUCAUGUCCAAGGAAGAUUUAAGGCCCGCCUUCAGUGAAAGCGAGUAUUAUGCAUCUCAGGUUUUCCAUUAGCAAGAUAUAUAAAUAUAUAUAUAUGUUCAUCCAACCAUCCAACCAACCAACGGAGGACUUCGAUGAAACCUUUCCUGUCUGUCAGACCACGAUUGGAUGAGGAGCAAACUCGUAAAUAGGUGAUGAAGAACAAGACGUAAAUAUUGUUCACUUUGAAGGGUAGGUAAUUUAAUCAACAUUAUCGAUUGUAUAAAACCAUCCAACAUAAACCUAAAAUCAGAAAAUAACCAUUACAGAUUAUUAUUAUUAUUAUCAUUAUUAUUAUUGUAAUUGUAUUUUAUACAAAACCUUAAAUUCAUGUCUCUAAAUUAU